CUUGCGCAAGUCCUUGUUCACCAUGGGCUUUUCCCCACUGCACCUUCUCAACCAUGCAUGGCCAUUUCUGUCAAUCUCCUCACAUUCUAUUGUGCCCUAUUUGAGCACUCAUGCAAUGCUAUCCUUGCUCUUGCCUCUGCCCUCAAAACCCAUUAUGCCCACAGAUGUUUUCAGAUGAUCAAUGCAGAUGUG